AACUGCCAUGGAGCUGCUGAUCAUCGCGAUGCUGGUAGUCGGGGCAGCAGCAGACUCAGACACAGAGGGAAACCGGAUCAUUGGCGGGAGACAGUGCCGCAUUGGCUCCCGGCCCUACCAGGUGGCUCUCCUGAGGAACGGCCACAUCUACUGUGGUGGGAGCCUGAUAGACCCGAAGUGGGUGCUAACUGCUGCGCACUGCAGCAGAAAUAUCAGAUCUGUGCAGGUGCAUCUGGGAGAUUAUAAUCUACGGGCGAAGGAACCCACAGAACAGAUACGAAGAGUCCGCAACUUCUUUGUGCAUCCAGAGUACAACCUCCGCCGUUAUGACAAUGACUUCAUGCUUCUGGAGUUGGAUGCGCCAGCUCAACUCAACAACAACGUGAACACAAUCAACUUGGCUACCAGGUGUCCCUCUCCUGGAACACCAUGCAUCGUGUCAGGAUGGGGCACUAUCAGGUCCCCCCAAAGGCUGUUCCCAAGUGUCCUGCGGUGUGCAGAUAUCCAUAGCGUCAGCCAGGCCAGCUGCCAGACCGCUUACAGGGGCAUAAUCACAGAGAACAUGUUCUGCGCUGGCACGGAGCGGGGUGGCAUAGACUCAUGCCAGGGUGAUUCAGGAGGCCCACUGGUCUGCAAUGGGCAGCUGCAGGGUGUGGUCUCCUGGGGGAUGUCCGUUUGUGCCAUGCCGGGACGGCCCGGAGUCUAUGCCAAUGUCUGCAAAGCUGCCGAGUGGGUGAGGAGAACAAUAGAGAGGAAGUGCAUCGGAUCAGACUGAGAGCUCACAGCGUGUCACGCCUGCCACAAUAACCCACCAACACAUGCCCCAGCCACACCUCUCCUCAUCUCACCGCGGCACCCGGGGGGUGCUGAUCUGGGUGGGACUAGGAUGGUGGCACUGCGGUGGGCCAGCCCAAAGCAGCCAGUGGUUAUGAGUCAGGCCUGACAAAAUCCUGAGACUAGGUUAAAAAUGUGGGACAGGUUUAAGAAUCAUGAAUCAGCCUAAAGAUUGUGAGAUUGCUUUAAAAAUCAUGAGAUGAGUGUUAAAUUCAUGAGAUUGCUUUAAUAAAUCACGAGAUUGCCUUAAAAGUCACAAAUCAGCCUGAAGUUCACAGGAUUGCUUUAAAAAUCAAGAUGUUGAGUUUAAAUAUCAGGAGAUUUGGUUUAGAAUCAUGGGAUUAGUUUGAAAGCCGCAAGACUACUGUAAAGGUCGUGAGAUCAGCCCAACAAUUGUGAGAUGGAUUUAAAAAUCAUGAGAUUGGAUUAAAACCUGUCUCAUAAUUUUUAAAAUGCCAUAAAUAACGCACAGGUCUUUGAUCGGGUCUCUUGGGUUAGUAAGGGUGGCAUAAGCGGCUAUAACUGCUCUGAAGUCACAGAGUCUGAUGUCUCAUGGAGUUCAAAUUUUGUCAUAUUGUGCUACAGAAACAUAGCUACUGCACCUGUGGCGUAGACAAGCCCCAGGAGUUCAUGUUCAGCUGAUUAUCCACCACAGCCCUCAAAUCUUUCUGAGUGUCACUUCUUCUACGGAGAGGGUCCCCCAUCCUCCAAGUCUGGUGGACAUUCUUUGGUCUGAAAGAGAUACAUUUGCAGUAGCCAUUUACAUCCCCACGAGACUCAGGGUAAACCAGUGAGACUUGGCAGUGGUGAGACUCAGUGACCCAAAUCUCACAUGAUUUUAUGACACGUCUCAUGAGGGGGGGUUUGUUUCUUAAAGUCUUGAGCUCCUGGAGUCACGUGACUGUGAGAAGCUGAGCUUUUGUUGGCAGAAAUCGCUUUUUAGACCUAGGCUUUGUGGAAAGAAAGCUGGGAAACCGACCCUUAGAGGUGCUAAAAACAGUGAAUAAACAAACCCUACUGGUUUUGUUUUAUUUUUCACAUCUUCUGAUUUUUUUAAGCCAAUCUCACAAUUCUGAGUGGGCCCAGACUUGGAAAUGUUAAACUCUUGAGGCAAGAGAUACUAGCCACAAGGGGUGGAAAAAUCACUGACCGAUCCUAGACAAAAAGCUGGGACAGGAGAGAUUGACAAAGAGUGAGGCAGUUUGUGCUCAUAA